AUGCAGUCUGAUUGUGUGGGUGAAUUAUAUGCUGGUUCUAUGUUUAAGGGAACACAAAAGUGUGGUACAACAAGUUAUGAAGUGAAUGUGGAGAUUCUUAAUGUCAAUAUGAAAGAAAGCACUUUAAGUGGCUAUCUAAAGAUUAAGGGCUUGACAAGUGAAUUCCCUGAACUUACGACAUUUUUUCAAGCAGAAAUCAUAGGAUCAAAAUACUCUUUCCACACCCGAAAAUGGCAAGCAGACCGACAAAGUGAUCUUUUGCAUUGGAAAAAGUUCCCGUCAUUUGUUCAGUCCUAUUUAGAAAAUUUUGCAAAAGACGAGUUAUGGCAAGAGGAGGAUGACCAAGAUGGCGACUUUCUUUAUAUGCGUUGGAAAGAAAUGUUUUUGGUACCUGAUCACCAUAUUAAUGCUAUUCAUGGUGCCAGUUUUGCCGGCUUUUAUUAUAUUUGCUAUCAACGUUCAACCAAGCAUAUCAAAGGAUAUUAUUUCUUCCGUCAUCACAAAGACUGGUUCCAAGAGUUGAAUUUAGAUUAUGUACCUGAUGCUGGUUUUAGCCAUUAUGAAUUCCGUUAA